AUAUUCCUUGAAUCUACCUUUGUCACGUCUUGCGGUAAGGAUGUCUCCGUGGCGUGUUCUGAUUUUGCUCAGCAUCUUCAUGCAUUGUAAAGGUGAAGACAGCGAUUGCGACAACUUCACCGAUUUGGAUUUCCAUGAGUCUUUCAUGGGGACCUAUCUGUACGUGCGCCUGCUGCUCUACACCCGUGCAAACCUUGAGUGUGGUCAGGAACUCCCACACCAUAACUUCACCCAGGAACCCCUGUUUAAUGUAACCAGACCCACUACUUUUGUCAUACAUGGGUACCGGCCCACAGGCGCACCGCCUAUCUGGAUCAACCACAUUGUGCACCUGUUAGCAGCACAGAAGGACAUGAACAUUGUAGUAGUGGAUUGGAACAGAGGGGCGGCCAAUCUCAAUUACUUCACGGCUGUGGCCAACACACGGGGUACCGCUGUGAACAUCACCGGCUUCAUCGAGAGUAUGGAGAAAGAGGGAGCAUCUCUUGACUCCAUCCAUCUGAUUGGGGUCAGCCUGGGCGCACAUGUGGCUGGGUUCAUCGGCGCAAUGCUGAGAGGACGGGUGGGCAGAAUAACAGGUCUGGACCCAGCAGGACCAAUGUUUGCCAGUGCUCCUCCUGAGGAACGCCUUGAUCCAACUGAUGCCCAGUUUGUAGAUGUGCUGCACACAGAUAUGAAUUCUUUUGGCCUUAGAGGAACCCAUGGCCAUAUUGAUUUCUAUGCCAAUGGUGGAUUAGAUCAGCCCGGAUGUCCCAAGACCAUCUUCUCAGGGAAAUCUUAUUUUGUGUGUGAUCAUCAGAGGUCUGUUUUCCUGUACCUGUGCGCUCUGAAUCACACCUGUAAACUUACAGCAUACCCGUGUUCCUCAUACAGUGACUUCCUCAGCGGCCAUUGUUUGCAGUGUGAGACCUUCAAGCCUGCUUCCUGUCCUGUUCUGGGUUAUGACAUGAGCCAGUGGAAGAAUACACUUUUAAGAUUGGGGCAAACAAGAGCAUUUUUUUCAACUACGGCAGACCUCCCCUACAGCAAGACAAGUUACAGAGUGGACCUAGUUACCUGGAACCAGUUUCUGCGCUGGGGGGUGGUCAUACUCCGACUGUACAAUGGAAAAAACGUAACAGAGUCCCAGAUAGAUACUAAGCUGAUGAGGUUUGAGCAGUAUACAUCCACUCGAAUACUGGCACAGUUCGAUGACGAUUUAUAUCCAAUUCAGAAAAUCUCUUUAAGGAUUGUAACUGGGAAUGUGAUUGGACCUCGAUACAAGAUAAGGCUGCUUCGUAUUCGAAUAACCCCACUGGAAAAUCCAAACAGGCCUCUAAUGUGUCGAUAUGACAUAAUUUUGGAGGAGAAUGCUGAGGUGUCUUUCAAACCAUUGUCCUGUGAUUAAUCUCAUCUGUAGAAAAUCACAUUAAAAUGCCUAUCUGAACUAUAAGAGACAUUUCAAGGGGUCUAAACGGUUAAAAACUUUUAGUGCCUUUUCUGUGAGAUUACUACUGUGAUUAUACUAGCGCACAUAUUCCAGUGUUGAGGGCAAAGUUAAAGUGCAGUUUUACAAUAUUACAUUCUGACGUCUGCUGGAAAAAUUUAUAACAUCUCUGUAUAGUUGUAUAUAUGUAUGAACCAAAUAUUCUACUGUAAAGAUGUUUUACAUGUACAGCUUUUGCAUUCUUUUGUAAAAUAAAUGAUUUGGACUGCCAGCACCUGAAGCUUCAUUUAAGAACGUUUUGGCACAAAUACAUUUUAUUUACACAGCAUUUUAUUUGCUACUUUGUUUACACAGCAGGAUACAUCAAAUAUGACAUAAUUUUGUCACUUGAGGGUAUGACAAAAAGUCAGUAUUUUAGUAUAAAAGCAAAACCAUCCAUGUGUUGCAUACUGUUAUGAAAUGUAAAAUUA